AUGAAUACACAGACAUUCGCGGCUCGACUGUCGACUCUUUCCCCACCUCGACGGGAAGGGUUGACUGCCAUCUUCCGCAAAGCCCAGGAACGAGUCUUGCCGACAGCUACUGUCUGGCUGAAUCCCGAGGACUCGAUUGGACGCUACGUCGGCAAAGCCAAAUGGGACCACAUCUGGGAGGCGAUCGGGCCUGCUCGCGAUGUGUUCAACACGGUCGCCUCGAAGAUCAAAGACUACCUCGAGAGUGCAGUGGAGCCGAUCUCGAGCAGAGUUACCUGGUCAAUGUACAUGAUUGGGAAAUCAUCGAGUGCAGCGUCACCGUCAAUCAUUUUCUGCUGCGAUGUCUUGGAACACCGCCGACAAGUACGGAACAACAUCAAGGAAAGCGGCAUUCUGAACGACUAUCCAGGCAUCAAGACCGGCCAUCUGCCGCGGCCACCAGAUUUUGACCAAUUAGUGCCUCUGGGUAGUGGUGGACAGCCGCGCUACAACCGUGGUGACAUAAUGGCGUUGACUUCACCGGCCGAGAGCGCAUGCGGCUCCCAGCUUUUCAUCAAUGCGAAUGAGAGCAACUCGAUGCCACCAGCUCCUGUAGCAACGAUAGGUGGUGUGGUUCGACUGGGAGAGAACUUUUACUAUACGACUGCUGCACAUGCUCUGGAAGCAUCACCGGACCCAACCGCUGCUGAUGAGCACAUCCUUGCCUCUCAUGAGUACGAUACGAAUGAUGACGCCCUUAGCCUCGACGGCGAUGAGGAUUUAUAUAGUACAUCAACUCGCAGCCCCAGCACAGUCGACCCCGGGCGGUGGCAGUCUUCCGCCAGAAUUGGAAAGAAUUCAGAAGAUAAUCGAUUCAUGAGAGAUGAUAUACUGCGACAAUGGAGUCUGAAGCACCGCCACGUUGCGGAAGAACCUCUCUCAUCCCUCGUAUAUCCCGGAGAACUGACACUGCAUCAGACUGGCAGGCUAGUUAUAUCUUCGAUGGAGGGGGGAAAUCCUGGAAAUGGACUCGAUUACGCCUUGAUAGAGAUUUCAUCGAGGCAUCACAUUGUGGAAAAUGUGAUAAAAGUCGGGCCGAACGACGAAGCCACUGUCAGGGUCCAUUCCGUAGCCAGACCAGACCUGCUGGAGGCGGAUGUCAUAGCGGUCACACCUCGAGGUACCGCCAAGGGUCGGAUAUCGGGAACACCAGCUUACUCAUCUGCGCCAGGCACCCAAACGCAUGUCAGGAUGUUGAAGGUCAGCUUGAACGAGCCACUUGAGAGAGGUGACUGCGGUACAUGGGUAGUUGAUGCCGCAAAUGGAGACCUGUUCGGCCACGUUGUUCUUGGGUCUCCUAGCAGCGGCAGUGCGUUGAUAACGUCUUUUGCCGACAUAUUCCACGAUAUUGCGUCCAGAGUGGGCAAGUCACCGACCUUUCCCAGAGCAAGAGAUGAAUACUCCUUCAGAUCAGCCGAGAGAACAGCCUCUCCUAUUGAACGAGACGAGGCUCUUUCUCCAAUCAUUCGAACACUGUAUCUCUGA